AUGCUGCGCGCGAUUGUCGUGCGCAAAGGCACGAAGGAGGAUUUGAUCAAGCGCGCGAGUCUGCUGCGGCGCGACUCGGUGCACGGUCCGUUCCAUGGCAGUAUCACGUUCCACGAGGACGCCAACGCCAUUAUCGCCAAUGGCAACCUCAUCCAGAUCAUCUACUCGGACGGACCGGACAAGUGUGACUAUACCAAGUACGGGAUCAAUAACGCCGUGGUGAUUGAUAAUACUGGACGCUGGCGCGACGCCGAGGCGCUGGGUCUGCACCUCCAGUCGCCUGGUGUGUCGAAAGUCAUUCUGACGGCCCCUGCAAAAGGCAACGUGCCCACGAUUGUUGCGGGCGUGAACGGCCACAUGAUCUCGAGCACGGACAGGAUCUUCUCGGCCGCGUCGUGCACGACCAAUGCUAUUGCGCCGACGUUGUUUGCUCUGGACAAGAAGUUUGGCAUUGUGGGCGGCCACAUUGAAACGGUGCACUCGUUCACGAACGAUCAGAACUUGAUUGACAAUUACCAUAUGAAGGAGCGUCGUGGACGUAGCGCUGUGCUGAACAUGGUCAUCACAGAGACAGGGGCAGCGGCUGCAGUGGUCCAGUGCCUUCCCUCACUGCAGGGCAAGCUGACAGCCAAUGCGAUCCGUGUACCCACGCCCAACGUGUCGCUGGCUAUUUUGAACGUACAGCUGGACCCAGUCAAGGCAGCAGGUAUCACUAAGGGGAGCGUGAACACAUUUAUGCAAAGAGUAUCGCUAGAUUCGCCGCUGCAAAACCAGAUUGAUUUCGUCAACUCGGCUGAGGUCGCGUCGUCAGACUUUAUCGGUAGCCGUGCUGCUGGGACCGUGGAUGGCAAGGCUACGAUCGUCGAUGGCGCCAAGGUCAUUCUCUACGUUUGGUACGACAACGAGUUUGGCUACAGCUGCCAGGUCAUUCGUACUCUACAGCGCCUCGUCGGCAUCAACCAUACGUGUUUCCCGGCAAAGGAGCAAGCCGAAGAGGUUGACAGCGCUCUUCACCUUACCUGGGACAUCUAG